AUGGCGAAAUUCUCAGUAGAAUGGUUAUCUCAAAGUUUUUACAACACUUCAAAGGACCGAGUGGAUGUCGAAGGCACACAAUAUGGCAGACAUGGAAUAACAAGGUCUCAUAUGCCUUGUGUAGUUGUUCCUCGGCCUCCAUUAACGUAUAAAGUGGUUUCAGUUGAGCCGAAAGUACCUACUGAAGUGAUACUUCAUGUCAACAUGGAAGAGCUUGCUAAAGAGUCGACUAAAGACUACACUCCAUCAUCUCCAAACAGUAAGUGUAUACUUUCCUUCUCAAAACAAUCAAUUUGAGCAUUUAAUGUUGGCGUGUGUUCCGUAUAGGCACUUGUGAUUUCUGGAUUAUUUACAAAAUAAAUGUUUACCUUUCCAGCUAGCUGUGGCUACAAUACGGGCUCUGAGAGUGAGGUGGGGGAUAAUAGCGAGGGCGAGUCUGCACUACACCGCAGGAUGAGAACCAAGUUCACCUCUGAUCAGAUCUGCAGGCUAGAACGGGCCUUCAACAAACACAAGUACCUCGGUGCAACUCAAAGGAGAAAAAAUGCUGACAAACUGAAACUCUCUGAAACUCAGGUAAAGACACAAGCUAUAGCAUAAAAAUCUAUGACAUGUCUUAAAGACUUGAAUUUAUGAUAUGAUCAAGAACAACAUUACAAAGUUAGCAUUCACUAAUGUAUCAUAUUUGUAUGCUUUCAUUUCAGGUUAAAACAUGGUUUCAAAACAGAAGGAUGAAGCUGAAGCGCGAAGUCCAAGACAUGCGCCCAGAAUUCUUCGCUCCUCCAGCAUCUCUGCUCCCACCGCUGGUCUUCGCAGCCGCUUCGUCAUUACAGCACCAUGCGCUUGGUGGACAGCUCCCCGCCCUCGCGCAGAGCACACAAGUGUUGUACCCGCAUUACAUUCAGAGAGAUCCCAUGCAACAGAUGGUCCAUCAACAACCAAUACACCCAAUGAUGUUGGCGCCCUGUUGCUACUGA